AUGAACGAGACUGCUGAAUCACAUCACGAUGAACACGGACAUUUUGAAGGAAUUCCAACAGCAUCAGUCGCGCUUUUGGCAGGAAUUUGUAGCGCUUUGCUUGGCUUCUUUUCAUUCGCAACAAACAGUGUUCUUCUAUGGACACUUUUCAAAGAUCCGUACAUGUAUUUCCGAGUGCGCCCCACAACUUUUCUCGUGGCAAGCCUCUCGUUAAGUGAUUUACUUGGAGGAAGUUUCGUGCAGCCUUUGUACUCAACAUACAUGCUUUGCCAUCCAUGUGGAGUGAAUUUACCAAACCUACACAAGAUUUCUACUGUUUCUUCUCAUAUUAGCACCAAAAUAUCAAUUUCAACGGUCGUGGCGUUAUCAGUGGAUAGAUUUCUGGCUAUAAAGCUUAUUUGGAAGUAUAGGGCGCUUAUAACAGUGCGAAAGGUCGUCACAUGUAACAUUUUGAUAUGGCUCUUUUGUGGGCUGUUUGAAGCAUGGCACUCAAUGAGUACAUCAGAGGAAAUAUUCCACACAGUGGAUCUUCAUCUUCAGUCUACGGCUCCACUGACAAUACUUUGCGUCAUCAACGCAGCGACUUAUAUUGAAUUCCGCCGAUAUUCAAGAAACGUCACGUUCAUGCAGCAUGAUAAUGGAGGAAGAUCGCGCGUUUUUGCUCGGAACAUCCGUCUGGAAAAAAAGAUCGUUUUGACAAUUAUCCUGAUCACAAUCGUGUUGUUUUUAUCAAUUAUACCCUACCUAAUUGUUACUAACUUGGAGGAGCGGUGUCUCGAGGAACAAAGCAAUGUGUGUGAUGGGCUAGCUUUUGAAAUAACAAGAGCUCUAUCAAUGUCGAUGUUGUGCGUUAGCUGCGCUGUAAAUCCGUUUCUAUACGCGUGGAGAAUACCGCAGUAUCGACAAGCGCUAAGAGCUGUUUGCCGCACAACUUUUAGCAGGUGUGGGCAACGGAACCGAACUACGUGUAUUAGUAAAGGUUUAUCAGACUUUCCUAAUGCUUUAGGCCCUGGAGGUUUAAUCGAACAGAACACUCCUGUAGGGGAU